CUAGUGGGCCCGGUGUGGUGCCGCCAUACUGUCCGGUUCAGCCGCGCUGGCGGUGGGGAGUAAGCGGGCAUUCAGAGAGGAUGCUGAGGCCUGCCUAUCCCACCAAACACCCAUUAUUAACCCGGGGCUACUAGGCUGGUCCGGGCUAUGGCUGCACCUAUUGCACAUUUCGACGAAGACUGGCCGAUUUUGGGUGAUUUGAGCAUGGUUUCAGACAAGCGGCUGCAGCUGCCGCAGAAAGGCCGAGUAGAGAGCGCCUCUGCGGGGGGAGCAGCGCCGCAGCUCCUCCUGGGUGAUGAUGAUAUCCCAGAGCUGCAGGACGGUAGCUUCUCCCCGGGGGAAACCGGGAUUUUCAGGUCCAUGGAGGACCUAGUGAACGAUUUUGACGAUAAAUUAUCUGUGUGCUUUCAAAAUUUUAACGCAAAAACGGACAGCAUCGCUCCUGUGAGUGUGUUAACAGAGGAGUCCCUGCUGGAGAAAGACGAAAUCUGGAAGGUUUUAACCCGUAACUAUGGGCAUGUGAUGCCGGUGGAUUGGAAACAGUCCCGAACAUGCUCCCUCCACAAACCAUCAUUCAACCUGGAGCAGAAGCCUAGAAUGACUGAUGUCACCGCAGAGCUGUUGGACGAUGAGGAGCUGAGGGAGCAGCUGGACAUGCACUCCAUCAUCAUCUCCUCCCUCGCAGAGGAGCCGCUUUUCACAGCCGAGCAAGUUAUCGAGGAGAUAGAGGAGAUGAUGCAGGACUCUCCUGACAUGGAGGCAGGCCACAACCCUUCUCAGUUGGACCUCUCGAUGCUCUCCCUCGACAUCCAGCGCUGCACCAGGAGACCCAGCUACGAGUCCAGAGUGAGGACUCUGAGUGUUGCGGAGCUGAAUGAACGCCUGGAGGAGAUGGAGACAAACAUCAGGAGGUUCUCAGAGGAGCUGGUUCUGCAGCUGGCUCUCAGGGACGAGCUUGACUUUGAGAAGGAGGUGAAGAACAGCUUCAUCUCAGCGCUCAUUGAUGUACAGAACAGACAGAAGGAGCAUCGGGAGCUACUGAAGAAGAAGAAGAAACUUAAAGCCGGGACGUCGCAGGGACACGCAGAGAAGAACCUGGGAUCACGCUUCAGCAUGGAGGGAAUCUCCUCUGUCAUUCAGAGCAGCUUCCGGCAAACUUUUGGGAGCGGGUGCAGUGAAAGACAGUAUUUGACCACAGUCAUCCCAUAUGAGAAAAAGGGGAACCCUCCCUCCCUUGAGGACCUCCAGAUCCUGACAAAGAUCCUACAAGCUAUGAGAGACGACAGUGACAAGGUGCCCAGUCUCUUAACAGACUAUAUUCUCAAAGCUCUGGUGUGAGCGAUGGAUGCAGAGUGCUUUGCCCAACAUAAGCCAGAGGGACGGUGCCCAACGCUGGAGAGACUUGCGAUAGUUUACCAUGGCAACAAGACGAAGAGGACUCAUUGUAUUUUUUGCAGACAUGAAGCACACUUUGAUUAGUUCCUGCAUGUUUUUACCUCAAUAUUUCUUUUUUUGUGUUCUUCUCUUCUUUCAGUUGUAUUUAUUUUGUGUUGAGCAUUGUGAUUUUGCUAACCUUGUGUGCUCCUGUCAUUUUAACUUAUUUUCAGUGAUUUGUCUGUAUUUCCCUGCACUCUGAAAGAGCAUCUUAAAAAUGUUAAAUUAUAAAAGAAAAAACAAAGCUGCUCUGUUUUGUAACUGAGCUCUGCUUGCUGGUAAUAAGUAUAGCAAAGGGCUUUGUAUUUAUCUUAAAUUAUUCACUAAUAACUGAGCAAUGAACAAAUGCACAAAGCACGUUGAAGUUGCAGUAAUAAAGGUGCUUUUGAAGCAUCGUCAUUGUAAAGCAUAAACAGUAGAGUAUGAUUUUAAAAGGUUCUAACCAUCCCCAUGAGGGAAAUUUACUAAGUAUUACAGCAGCACAUAAGACAGUAGAGAGGUAUGAGGGAACAGGAUAAAGAUACAAAUUAAAAUAAUGCAAUAAUUAUAAAUAUAACCAGGAGGCAUAAACAUAAUGUGCAAAACCACCAUAUGAUUUAUGCAGCAGAUAAAGUAUUUAUCUGCCUUCAUCGCAGCAGAUCACUAUACAUCUUCAUUAAAUGGAAGAUAAAGUGCUGAGGAAAUGUUUGAACUGAAAAUAACAAACUGACUAACUAUGCAUUUGAAUUGUGACCCACACACUGUCUGUACUUCCUAGACGCUGUCUGUAACUCUGAAUCAGAGGCUUGAGCGUCGGCGUGCCUGCUGCGCACAGGGCAGCUUGUUAUUCUCUAUGUAUUCUUUUAUAUGUGCAAACUGCCUUUGGUCUUUGCCUGAACUUUUGUACAUUUUAAAUGACUUAUUUUCAAUGAAUGUGAAAUUGCUGGACUACUUACACAGCCUGCUUCAUUGUUAUUUAUUUUGUAAAUACUUUUUGGUUAAAAUAUAUUGAUAAAGAGCG